AUGUUCUUCCGCAACAUCUUCGGUAUUUCGGCUGCUCUGGCCAUGACCGCUUCGGCUCUCCCUGUUGCGCCGCGCGACCUUAGCGGCAGCGUGCAAAUCGUCAACAACAUGGGCCAGGACAUCUAUCUCUGGUCUGUGUCGGAUUACUCCAGUGAGAUGCAAACCCUCUCUGCCAAUGGCGGCACCUACUCCGAGACCUGGCAGACCAACCCCAACGGAGGUGGCAUCUCCAUCAAGAUGGGUGCCGACACCACGGGAGCCAGCGUCCUGCAGUUCGAGUAUACCGAGGUCGAGGAUCUCCUCUACUGGGACAUGUCCAGCAUCAACCUGGCCAAGGACUCUCCCAUCGUCUCGGCAGGAUUUGCUGUCACCAUCAGCGAUGCCAGCUGCUCCACUGUCACCUGCGCCGCUGGCGACGCGAACUGCUCCGAGUCCUACCAACAACCGGACGAUGUCAACACCCGCGCAUGUGGCACCGGUGCUGCUUAUACCCUCACUCUGGGUUAG